AUGACAAACAGAUUCAAAGUUAACAUUUUGUUAAGCUUAAAGGCAUUACUUGUGUCAAUUGAUUCUAAUCAGCUCAUUAUUGUAAACACUUGUGACAUGAGAUUAGUGAGUGCAGGAAGUCUAAGGAGGCAGAUUGGUCAAAUGUUGAUGAAGCAUCAUCAAUCAAUCGAAAGAAACAAUCAUGCUCUUCAGCCUGUAUCUCCGGCUAGCUACGGAAGCUCUCUCGAGGUCGCGACAUACAACAAACCAGUAACUCCAAGUAGUUCAUUGGAAUUCGGAGGAAGACUAUCUAGAGAACCUCAUUACAAUCUCAAGACAUCAACCGAACUUCUUAAAGUAUUGAACCGUAUUUGGAGCCUCGAGGAGCAGCAUGCCGCUAAUAUCUCUUUAAUAAAAGCUCUGAAGACCGAGCUGGCUCAUUCACGCAUGCGAAUCAAAGAGCUUCUUAGGUACCAGCAAGACGAUAGGCAUGAGCUAGAUGGUGUGGUGAAGCAACUCGCUGAGGAGAAACUUUCCAGGAAGAAUAAAGACGUUGAACGGAUAAGCUCUGCAGUUCAGUCAGCGAGGAAAGAGUUAGAAGAUGAGCGGAAACUUCGUAAACGUUCUGAGAGUUUGCAAAGAAAAUUGGCAAGAGAGCUCUCGGAAGUGAAGUCUAAGUUGUCUAAAAGUGUCAAGGAGCUUGAGAAAGGGAAUAAGUCAAUGACGACGAUGGAGAUUCUGUGCGAUGAGUUUGCGAAAGGGAUCAAAAGUUACGAAGAGGAAAUUCGCGGUUUAAAGCAGAAGAAUCUCGAUAAGGAUUGGGCUAGUCAAGCUAAAGGCGAUCAAAUGGUUCUUCAUAUAGCGGAAUCAUGGCUUGACGAAAGGUUGCAGAUGAGAUUACAAGGUGAAGAUACAUUGAAUGGUAACAAUAGCUCAGUGUUAGAUAAACUCGAGGUUGAGAUAGAGACAUUCAUCCAAGCGAAGCGGAAUGAAAACCCGAGGAACCUUAGGAGUUCACUUGAAUCAGUCCCGUUUAACACCUUAAGUGCACCACCACAGGAUGUAGAAUGCGAGGAAGACUCUGCGGGAAGCGAUUCAAACUGCUUCGAGCUCAAGAGACCUACAGAGACUCAUGGAGACGAAACUGAGAAACCAAAACAACUGAACAAAGACGGUUUUCGCGAUGAAAAGCCGAAAGGAAAGAUCGGAAGCCCGUCGAGUUUUGAAGUAAAGUUUCACGAUCAAAUGGCGUUGGCAAUGUCGAAUAACGGAAUGAAGAAAACCCGAGGCAUCGAAGAAGAUGCAGAGCCUGGGAUAAGCAACAGUAACAAACCAGAUAAUGAAAUCGAUGAGUGUGUUACUAGUACGAACAAGAAUGAUGUGAUGGGGGAAAUGAUUCGGACACACAGAAGAUUAUUGUCUGAAACUCGUGAAACUGAUCAAGCUUCUUGUAGUUACCCAUCUUCUCGAAGACAAGCGAGUCCAAUUCGACAAUGGACUUCAAGAACCAUCUCACCUGAUCUUCUAGGCUCGUCUGAGAAAGCUGCGAUAGCUCAAGGAGGAGUAAAGGAUAAUACUUUGAAAACUAAGCUCGCAAAGAGUACAAGGUCACGUCUUCGAUUAUUCAAAAGCUGA